AUGGAAAACGGCAGGCCGGAUACUCAAUACCAGCGGCUUCGUUAUAAGCAACCUCGGUGCCCCGCGCCGAAGCUCAACGGGAACACUUUGUGCUCGUUAGUGGCGAACAGGAGCGUCGCGUUUGUGGGCGAUUCGUUAACGGAGAACAUGUUCGAGUCGCUCAUCUGCCUGCUACACCGGUUCCAUGGCUCCCCAGAGCCUGUGAGCGUGGGGCAGCAGGAGCGGGUGCUGCGCUGGCCCGCCUGCAACACCACUAUCGCCUUCUACUGGAGCGCCUAUCUCGCCAACCUGUCGCUGACAGUGCCAGACGAGCACAGCAAGGGCGGCCAGCUGGACCUGAGCCACGUGGACAUGCACUGGGGCCGCCACGUGGCAGAGCAUGACGUGUUCGUGAUCAACACAGGUAGCCUGACAAACACUCUGCCAACCAGAGACCCUCCCACUGGUGGUUCCUCCAGCGCCUCUGGUGGUUCCCCCAGCGCCUCUGCCCACUGGUGGUCACCGCAGCGCCUCUGGCUAGGAGGCAUCCCCUUCUCUCCUCCCUACUCCUCCUUCGCCUCCCCCACCUCCCUCCUCUCUGCCUAUCGCACCGCCCUUAACACCGCACUCUCUGUAUUCUCCUCUGCUGAAUCCAGUAACAAGCUUGUGGUGGUUACCACCAGCGUGCCUGGCCACAAGGAGUCACCUUCCUCUAACCAGUGCUCGUACACUACCCUGCUUAAACCCUCUCUUGAUGGAAAUCAGAUUGUUAAAAGCCCGGGUUCGCACAUGGAUGGGUUCAAUGCGGUGGUGAGGGGUGCAGUGGAGGAGUACAGGAAGGCGAGGGGGAGGAGGGGUUGGGUGGGGGCGGAUGCGAUGGUUUUGGAUAUUCAUGCGGCGUCUGUGUGGCGGCAGGAUGGGCACCCGGGGGUGUAUACAGGAUCGACUAUGGCUGAAAUCAAGGGAAUAGAGCAUGUACGCGAAUCCACUCAAGACCGCACAGAAACCCUCUCCGGCUCCUCUCAUCACCACGUCGCGAGGCGGCGUCUAGCUGGCAUCACGGGAUUGGUCAAGAAUAUCGAGCGGGUCGAGCAGGCGGUGUUCGAGCCGCAGCCGAUUCAACGGCCGCCACUCCCAAGCGCCGUCGGGCGCGUCGAGCUUUACAUCGAUGACGGUAUGGCCGUAGAUGGCUCGGAUGCCGCCGACGACGUCAUGCUCUCACGCGCUUCGCCGGAGGGCGUCACGGGACCCGCUCUUCUUCCGUUGGACGACAAUCUGGUUACCGACGUCUCGCCCGUCGCGAAGAAGCGGGUGUUGGAGCGGUCGUCGCAGGGGGGCGCGGGUGGUAGCACCGGCAAUCCCAAGGAGCGCACGAGCUGCUCCAUGGAACGCGGCUCGUGGCAGGUGGAUCCCACAUGGCCGCUGUACGACGCCACGUGUCCAUUCAUCUACCCGAAUCAAAACUGCGUGAAAAAUGGCCGGCCGGACCGCGUGUUUGAGCGCGUCCGAUGGACGACACCGGGCUGCCCGCUUCCCACGCUGACGAAGCGCACCCUCUGCAGCCUCGUCGCGGGAAAGAGCAUCGCAUUCAUAGGCGACUCCGUCACGCGCAACACGUUCGAGUCGCUCGCGUGUCUCAUGUACGGAUUCUACGGGAUGCCGGAGGAUCUGGCGGGGAUCAACAUGUCGUACGGGCUGGAACGCGGGUUCGUGUGGCCGUCGUGUAACUUCACCCUCGCGUUCUAUCGCACGAAUUUCAUGGUGCAGUUGACGCUGGACGAUCCCAGCAAGCCCAAGGGAGGCGGCGUAAUGGACUUAAACAAGCCGGACGAGCGAUGGAUGAGGCGACUGGAUCAACACGAUAUCUUCGUUAUAAACACAGGUCACUGGUGGACCGAGCAGAAGAUCCACGGCUCGGGCUUCCGCUUUGCGCCGCCCCACCAGAAGCUGUCCGUCGCAGAGGGGUUUCAGAAGGCCUGGGAGAUGACACUGAAGGUCUUUAAGAGCGACCGCAUGCGAGGCAAGGUGCUCGUUAUUCCCACUAAUUCGGCAACCCAUUUCACGGGCCAGGGCUUUAAGAGCGAGUGCCCGCACACUGCUCCGAUGAACGCCACGGGGUUCCUUAAUGACCGGUUUAUCAGGAACUACAUGACGAUGGAGCCUUAUAAUGGGGUGAUGAGGAAGCUUGUAGCGGGAAUGCAUGGGAAGGAGAGGGCGGAGGGGAGAACGCAAGGGGCUAAGGUGGUGCUGCUGGAUCAGGCUCGGCCGACCCUGUUCAGAAGCGACGGGCAUCCGGGCAGAUGGGCGCUCCUACCCAAUGGGGUGAGGGACUGCGGACAUUUUUGUCUGCCCGGCGUGCCCGAUGUGUGGAAUGAGAUGAUGCUGCAGCGGCUGUGGGUGCUGGAUGAAGCACUGCGGGAUUGA